AUGUACACGAUCAGAUCCAUACCCGGAAAGGGACAAGGUAUGUUUGCCAACAAAGAUAUCAAAGCAGGUAGUCGCAUACUCGCCGACGAGUUGCUGCUCUCGAUUGCAGAGAGCAAGAUAGAUGAAGGCAUUGGGGAAAGGAUAAGCGUGUCUCUUCACGGUCUGCCUCCGGAACAGCAGCAGCAAUUCGAGACAUUGCACUGCCCAGAUCACCCCACCUGGACGCCUGCGGUGAGCAGAUUCCUAGCGAACUGUUUUGAGGUGGAAGCCCCGGGAUCAGGCAUAUUCUUGAAAGCUUCACGCAUCAAUAACUCUUGUUUUCCGAAUGCUUUUUUCUCGUGGAACCAAAAUCUGCACCGCCUGACUGUUCACGCUAUGGUGGAUAUCCCCAUAGGUGACGAAAUCACAGUCUGCUACAUCUUUCCAUUCUACUCUCUGCAAAUUCGCCGGGACUUGUUCCGCGAACACUACGUGUUUGAGUGCGACUGUCCAGCUUGUCACGUUGAAACCGGAAUUGGCCGACGCGGUGAGUUGCGUCGUCGAAGGAUGGAAACCCUCUAUAUGGCCAUCGAUAAAACCAAUGAUGGUCCCAGCAACAACGACCAAAAGGAAUUGGAAAUGGUCCUUGAGUUCAUCAGAUUGGCAGAGGAUGAACGAUUGGACGGCCAAUUCCUCUCGUGCAUAUACAGUCGUGCAAAGAAAUGUUAUGACGAUCGCGGUUCAGAGCAAUUGGCGCUGGAAUAUGCGGAGAUGGAGGUUGAGACGAAUAUGCGACUCCUUGGCGACGACCACGCCGUGACGCAGGAGAGCGCGAGGGAUUUGGAUGAAUUGAAGACUAGGCUGGCGAUGGUGCAGCAAACGGAGGAGAACGGUGAGAACUUGGGGGCUUUGUGA